UAUGUAAACAAACUCAUCAUGACUACCUAAGCUUAUGGAUAGUCAUUAAUAUAUAACGGAUUACUAUGUAACUAUCAGUGUUAUGAAACUGUGGUGUGAACAUUAGAAGCGUUAAGGAUGAAACGUUAUGUGUUUGUCACAACAGUGCUCCUUUUAUGUUUUAAGGAACUAGAUGCCAAAACAUGUAAAAAGACAUCAUCAUGUUCGUGUGAAUGCAGUGGUGGGGCGAUGGAUCUCAAACCAGGGGCCAUACAGGGGACGAAAUUUCAAGACGUUGCUUCAACAGACGGUAGUCUCUACUCAUAUAAUCCCUGUUAUAGCUUCGACCAGUCGGAUCCAUCCCUACCGCCACAGUUUGAUAACUGUAAAUCCGUUGCGGCGUGUCAACUUGUCCCAGGCCAGCAAAUCCAAUUGUAUGAUAUUGGGACCCAGGAAAGUGCAUCAUUCAGCUACAAGGACGGAGCCUCCUUAGGCCAAGCAAAUCUUGGGGAGGUUCUAACUGUAAAUUACGUUGCAACAGACAAUGCAAGGACAACCACUGUUAUACUUCAAUGUGACUCUACUGAAGAAUUCCUUCCGGUUGGCGAAAUCCCAGAUUCAAAGCCACCAGUAUACGUUUUCGUAUAUUCCACGCCUAAUGCAUGUCUCAAGCCUUUAGGAUUAAGCGCAGGGAGUGUUUUGAUAAUUAUAUUUGUUUGUCUGUUAGCUAUAUACCUUGUAGGAGGAGUCUUAUUUAACAAAAUAAAGAAAGGAAAUAGCGGGAAGGACCUUAUACCUCAACGGCAGCUCUGGGUAUCUCUUCCGGGCCUAGUCAAGGAUGGUGUAUUCUUUGUGAUCAAGCGAGGACAGUAUCACCCACUCAAAUAAUGCCAUCGUUUACAGGAUGUAUUUUCCGUUGACACCGUUUACAGGAUGUAUUUUCCGUUGACACCGUUUACUGGAUGUAUUUUCCGUUGACACCGUUUACAGGAUGUAUUUUCCGUUGACACCGUUUACUGGAUGUAUUUUCCGUUGACACCGUUUAAUCGGAGAAAAUGUACUACUAGUUUACGUUAAAAUGUAUGUUUAGAAAUUGUAUUAUUUUUGAUAUUAAAAUAUUCCUCUUCGCGUAUAAUUAUGGUGUGAUAUGUCUUGAUAUAACUCAGCAUAACCUGUCCAUCAUGUUUGUUAUAACAAGGGAGGUAACUUGUGAAUGACUAUUUUCUAUAUUAUUUCCCUUUGACCAAAAGCAGAAGAGAAAUGCUUAUUGUAUGAAUAAAAUAUUUUACAUGUUUA